CUCAGUUGCCUAGCGAUGACAAACUAUCCACAGCUUCUGGUUUCCUGCCAUCUGAACAAAUCUCGUCGCUGCCUCCGAAGCUAGCUGGAAGUUUUCCGAGCAGGUUUUUGUGCUGUUCUUGCGGGUAGCUUGCUGCUGCUGCUGCUGCCGGACUAUGGGACGGAGGAACAGCCGGACUCUCUCCCGGAGCGUCGUCUAGCGCUGGCUGUGCCCUUUUCGAGCAACCAUGAAUAACUAUAAUUUCAUCAGGGUCGUUGGGAAGGGAAGCUACGGAGAGGUGAACUUGGUGAAACACAAGACGGACCGAAAGCAGUAUGUGAUAAAGAAGCUGAAUUUAACCACGUCGUCCAAGCGGGAGCGACGCGCUGCAGAGCAGGAGGCGCAGCUUCUGUCCCAGCUUCGACAUCCCAACAUUGUGACGUACAGGGAGUCGUGGGAAGGAGACGACCGGCAGCUGUAUAUCGUGAUGGGUUUCUGUGAAGGCGGGGACCUCUAUCACAGACUCAAACAGCAGAAAGGGGAACUGCUGUCAGAGAGGCAGGUUGUAGAGUGGUUUGUCCAGAUAGCCAUGGCCCUCCAGUACCUCCACGAGAGGAACAUCCUUCACCGCGACCUUAAAACGCAGAAUAUCUUCCUGACGAAAACCAGCAUCAUCAAAGUCGGAGACCUGGGCAUUGCUCGGGUUUUGGAGAACCAAAACGAUAUGGCCAGCACUCUCAUAGGGACGCCGUACUACAUGAGUCCGGAGCUCUUUUCUAACAAACCCUACAACCACAAGUCAGAUGUGUGGGCCCUGGGCUGCUGUGUGUACGAGAUGGCCACACUGAAGCACGCCUUCAACGCCAAAGACAUGAACUCACUGGUUUAUCGCAUUGUAGAGGGAAAGUUGCCACCGAUGCCAAGCCAAUACCACCCCCAGCUCGGAGAUUUGAUCAAGAGCAUGCUGUGUAAGAGACCUGAAGAGAGGCCGGACGUCAAACACAUCCUGCGGCAGCCUUACAUAAAGCGACAAAUUGCCAUGUUCCUUGAGGCGACCAAAGAAAAAACCGCCAAGUCAAGAAAAAAAGCUGUGGUUGGAUCCGGAGAUUUUAGGACCAACAGUGCGUUGUCUGGUGCAUCAAGUCACCUAAAACCUCAGAAGCUUCAUUCAAGUCCAGAUUCCGGCACUGGUGGCCAGGUGAAGCAGAAAGAGGACAGAGCACAGGAGCAUAAAAGCCAAAACGGCGUUGCAGAUUGCCCUCCAGCCCAGCCGCCACCAUUUAAAUCUUCAUCAGCUGAUGCUCUCAAAGCCGGUACCUCUCCCAUGGCAACCGUCAGCAGCAUCAACAUUGAUAUCCCGCUUCAGCCAAACGAUGAUGCAGUGAACAAACAGGCUCAGAGGCCCCCGUCCGUCAAGCCGAGCAGGGAGCCUGUGACUCGCCCCGUCCACAGAGACGACAGGGCGAGGGGGAAACCGGAUCCCUCGCCUCCUCCUUCCCCCGCGAGUCCCCCGCUCAGAGCUGGAUCAGGUGUCUGUGGCACGGGAGGAGACGAGAGGACGGCUUCCAACGGGCUGUUAGAUGUCCGGCCAAACCCGGGCGGUACAUUUCCCGUGCCUGAUGAUAAACGGGACUCGGAUGUGGACGUUAGGGACGGCACCGGCGAGUUACUCAGAGAGGCCGAUGCGGCGAACUCAAAUGUGGAAAACGUGGGAGUGGACGUGGACAAGCACAGCGACACUGUGACUUUGGUCAAAUGUGUCCCAGCACAUCCGCUCGCCCUAGAUGUGGCUGAUAGCCUAGAAACGACUGAGAAGCUGUUGGAGCGUCCAGCAGUGGAGCCCAUUGAAGAAGAAACGUCCUCCGUCUCAACUAAACAAGCUACCCUUUGCCAGAAGGUCCCCUCAGAAGCUGCCGGAUUAGAGCAGCUCAAAGAGCAACAGAGACAGUUGGCAGCUCCGAGACCUUUACCUCAACCUCCCGUCCAGGCUGCAGCUGUGGAGAGGAAAAAGAGGACCAAGAAGGGCGCAGAGAGCAAGAAAGUUGAUGCGACUGCAGCCUCCACAUCAGUUAGUUCGUCUAAGGAUGGAUUGUUACCUGCACCACAAGAUCGUCCUCUGUCCGCCAGAGAGAGGAGACGGCUGAGGCAGUCUCAGGAGAGUGCAGGACAAACAGGUCCUAGCGCUGUGCGAAGGGCGUCAUAUGACGUGUCCUCCACCAAAGCUGAGCGGCACAACGUCCCCGUUACUCGAUCGGCUUCGUACUCCGUCACAGAGUCCGACGCUCAGCACGAUAAAGACACGGAGCACAGGUCGGACGAAGACGAGUGCAGCUCGUCUACAAGUUCCACGGAGCGCUCCGAGGGAGACUGCGGGGAAAGAAAGACAGAAUCCAGCGACAUGCACGAUCUGGUCCACAUGAUGACCCAGACUUUAAGGAUGGACGUCGGAGACGGAGGAGCUGAGGUGGGGAAAGGCCGAUUCGACUCCACCGCGCUGCCAGAGUUCAAGCUGAACCGGCGGUACAGGGACACCCUGGUGCUUCAUGGGAAAACCAGGGAAGAGGCGGACAGCCUGGUGCUCCAGGAAAUACCAACAGAAGGCUCUACGUCGGGUCCAGCCAAAGUCAGAAGAGCGAUAGAGCGUCUGAGAACGGAUGUGGUGAAAGGUCUGGGUGUAAAGCUUUUGGAUAGAGCGCUAGAAAUCAUGGAGGAGGAGGAUGAGGUCAAAAGAGAGCUGUGCCUUCGUGACCAGAUGGGAGAUGAGAAGUACCAAGCUUAUGCCGUCAUGGUGAGGCAGCUGAAGUUUUUUGAGGAUGUUGCCGUCAGGAUGUGAAGAGCGCUACGGGAGCACGAUGUGGAAAAGCGUGGUUGGCGAAAUCGAAUCAAGUAUUCUUCCAUUUACUGAGGGAGCAAGGAGGUUUGGCCUUUACCACAAACCUUCUGCAACCUGCAGUUCUGUACCAAGGUAAAAACUCAAAAGCUAUGAAAAGGUUUUCUGUGAAAAGAGAAUUGUAGCACAGGCUGGUACAAGCAAUUAUGUAAAUCACUGUGUAUUUUAUUUCUGCGUCUUUCUACGUUAUCAGCACUGAAAGUGAAAAUGGUCCUUUUAAAGUUCAGGAUGCCUAUGCAAAGUUUGGUCAUUUUAAAGCGUCCAUUUCUGUUUUCCCCAUUUACUGCUGGGGUUGUUUCAUUCAUUAAUUUAUGAUUUGUCACUUGUGCUCUUCAUAACUCCUUAGAUUUAACUUCUGUUGACUAAUUUUUUUCUUGAAACUAAAUAAUGUAAAAUAGAUUUAUUGUAGAUAUUAACACCUGAGUGAUUUCUAAUAAAACAAAAAUUUAAAGUC